UUCUGCGGCCACGGGCGGCAAAGCGGAAAAAUCGGGAAGAACUGGAAAGGCCGAGUGGAAAAGUCCCCAAGAGCAGGACCCCAAGUAUAUGUAGAAACCGAAGAAACGCGAGUGCGGAAAAGCGUUGCAGUGGAAAUUGCGGACAGGCGGAAACCGCGUUUCGCUUACAUGUGCGUUUGUAAUUAUGCAAAUUGUCGGGCAACUCUUUCGACAAAUGGCACUCAAGUGCAACUGUUGCCCCGCUUUUCCCCGUGACCUUGUCCCCCGCUUCAGCUGCCCCCCGCCAUGCAUAUUUAUGCCGCCAAAAAGCCAGAAACAGAAACUGGGCCAAAACUAGUGCAACAGAAAUAGAAAACGGGAAAAAGAAAUGAAAUGAAAUAAAAUACGAGCAAAGCCCAAAAGGGGCCAGCAAACACAGUGACAAACAAUUUCUGCUCAAUUUAAAGCCGCUGCGAAAGUUGUGCUCCACUUACCUUCGCUCAUCUGUCAAAUCCGUAUAAUUUCCUCCUUUUUUUGUGCGUCCUUUCCGUUUGUGUGUCAGCAACUUGUUGUCCUUGGUCCUUGGUCUUUGGUCCUAGAGAACAAGUCCGACCCAGACUCCCAGGCUGGGCAAAUAAAAUGCAAAUAAAUUAUUUUUAUUAUUCCACUGUGACAGCUGAUUUGGGAGCUUUCUUUAGGAUUUCUCUUGCUUUUUUGCCAAUUUUUAUGACGGCUGGUUAUUUUGAUGUCGUUGAAAGUGGUUUAGCUUAAAGUUCUUGGCAGUGCAUAAGUGAAUUAGGAGCUAUGUUUAGUUCGCUGCGUUGUGAGUUGCCGAGAGUUUCUUCAAUAAAAUGUUGACUUCAAUGCACAGGAGUCCAAUAGUAAAAAAUAUAUAUUCUCAUUAAUAUUCGAUUCUGAAAAUACAGCAAAGACAAUCGAGAUAAGUGUCAGCUAAAGCGUUUUGUGAUAAUAAUAGUAUUUAUUGCUUAAAACACAUAAAUCUGCCAAAGAAAAACUAAAUAAACGAGGAAAGUUUUGGAAAAUAUGCAAGUGGCCUUAAUAAAACUUUUUAAUAUUCCAAAAAUUAGAUUUUGUGAAAAAAUAGAUGACACUUAAGUGAUUAAAUUGUAAGUUAGUGACUAAAAAACUUGCUAUAAACUCAAGCUGUGUAAAUGCAUAAAAUUAAAGGUGUUUUAUUUUAAGUACGGAUUAUCUUUCCAAAGCUCUGGCUCAAAGUAAAAAAAAAAGCAGUCGCCAUUAAUAACUCAUAAUUACUUAGUGAUUAGUGCCGAGUAACGGAGGAGAUUUCCAUUAACAAUUGGGCAGUAAAACGCUCCGGCUUUGUGUCCCCUCGGCUCCGGUUUAAAUAAAUAGCCCGGCAAUUGCCGAGGCUUGGUCAAAAGGAGGCCCAUCAACCAUUCCGGCGGAACCAGUUCACCUGGGGCUAGGAUGUGGAUGCGGAUGUGGAGGGUGUGGGAUUUUCGUUAGGAUGAAACCUAAUAAGUUUAGAGCACGCAAGCGAUGGGCCAUUUUCAAGCUAUUUGACUGACAUGCUGUCCGCUCAUAAGUCGCUUUUUGCCGGGCAUUGUAAACAUGAAUAAGACAUUAGCAGCACAGUUUACAUGUGCGGGCUGGAAGGCCAACUGAGUGGGCACAAUUCCAUUUGGGGGAUCCAUCUCUAGUCGGUGCUCCUGCAAAUUAUUAUUAUUUGGGAAAUAUGUUAAUUUAAUGCCUGGGCAUGGCUUCAAUUGGACCUUUCGGCCUCGGUCCGCUUUGCAAGCCAAAAUUGAAAUGUCUGAGCCUUUAAAUAUUCAUUGCCUACUUCUAGGCGCCUUCCAUAUGCAUUUUACAUGAGCACGAGAGUGUGUGUGUCGCAUUUAAUUUAAUUGAAACAUUUAAUUACUGUGUCCAGCCGUAGUAUCGGCAUCUCGAGUGCGUGAAUAUUUGAACGAGCAUUUCAGCAACGCUGCAAAAUCAAUUCUCGAGUGAGCCUUUAAAAACAGCAAAUUGAAACCGAAAUAGAGAGAAAAAACGCACAACCGCAGUAACAAAAACCGAAAUGUGUCUCGGGAUAAUCGUCAGCCAAAUUGCAUUUCCAUUGCGACAUUAAAAUGCAAUUUGGGCGGGUCGCCGACUCCAGUUAUUGUCAAACUGUUGCCUCUUUAGCGGAUUAAUAUUUCUGUAAAUACCACCCAAAGAGCUGAACGAAAUAAAAAAAAAAAACGCACAAGAAAAACGGGCGGAAAAACGGAAAAUUCAUCAGCACAGUCAAACAUGUCGACCAUAAAGCUGCUCAUUAUCGGGCAACUUUGGCUCUCGAUUGGCCUGAUCUCCGGGGACGACUCGUUGGACACGCGUGAGGGCGUCGAUCUGGUGCUCAAGUGCCGCUUCACCGAGCAUUACGACUCGACCGACUUCACCUUCUACUGGGCGCGAUGGACCUGCUGCCCCACAUUGUUCGAGAACGUGGCCAUUGGCGAUGUGCAGCUCAACUCGAAUUAUCGCCUGGACUUCCGACCGAGUCGCGGAAUUUACGAUUUGCAAAUCAAAAACACAUCCUAUAAUCGGGAUAAUGGACGCUUUGAGUGCCGCAUCAAGGCGAAGGGAACGGGCGCGGAUGUCCAUCAGGAGUUCUACAAUCUGACCGUGCUGACGGCUCCACAUCCGCCGAUGGUCACUCCCGGCAACUUGGCAGUGGCCACCGAGGAGAAGCCAUUGGAGUUGACCUGCAGCAGUAUUGGUGGCUCACCAGAUCCAAUGAUAACCUGGUACCGAGAGGGCAGCACCGUGCCACUGCAGUCGUAUGCUCUGAAGGGCGGAUCGAAGAACCACUAUACCAACGCCACACUCCAAAUUGUUCCCCGACGGGCCGACGAUGGCGCCAAGUACAAAUGCGUCGUCUGGAAUCGUGCCAUGCCCGAGGGUCAUAUGCUGGAGACCAGCGUCACGCUGAAUGUCAACUACUAUCCCCGAGUGGAGGUCGGACCACAGAAUCCUUUGAAAGUAGAACGGGAUCAUGUGGCGAAACUGGACUGCAGAGUGGAUGCCAAACCAAUGGUUAGCAACGUGCGAUGGUCUCGAAAUGGUCAAUAUGUGAGUGCCACGCCCACCCACACCAUAUAUAGAGUAAACCGCCAUCAUGCCGGGAAGUACACCUGCAGUGCGGAUAAUGGCUUGGGCAAAACGGGCGAAAAAGAUAUAGUCUUGGAUGUUCUAUAUCCGCCGAUUGUGUUUAUCGAAUCGAAAACCCACGAGGCGGAGGAAGGUGAAACGGUUUUGAUUCGUUGCAAUGUCACCGCAAAUCCAGCGCCCAUCAAUGUCGAAUGGCUAAAAGAAGGAGCUCCGGAUUUCCGAUACACUGGCGAGCUCUUAACCCUCGGUUCAGUGAGGGCUGAGCAUGCCGGAAACUAUAUCUGCAGAUCGGUGAACAUAAUGCAACCGUUCAGUUCGAAACGAGUAGAGGGUGUGGGCAAUUCCACGGUGGCUCUAUUGGUGCGACAUCGGCCGGGACAGGCUUAUAUAACCCCAAACAAGCCCGUCGUUCAUGUGGGCAAUGGUGUGACUCUGACCUGUUCGGCGAAUCCGCCAGGAUGGCCUGUUCCCCAGUACCGAUGGUUCCGAGAUAUGGAUGGUGACAUCGGAAAUACACAGAAAAUUCUAGCUCAAGGUCCCCAGUACUCUAUACCGAAGGCUCACUUGGGGAGCGAGGGCAAGUACCACUGUCAUGCGGUCAACGAGUUGGGAAUUGGUAAAAUAGCCACCAUAAUCUUGGAAGUACAUCAGCCACCCCAGUUUCUGGCCAAACUACAGCAACAUAUGACUCGUCGGGUGGGCGAUGUGGACUAUGCAGUCACCUGCAGUGCCAAGGGAAAGCCCACACCGCAAAUUCGAUGGAUCAAAGAUGGUACCGAGAUUCUUCCCUCUCGCAAGAUGUUUGAUAUAAGGACAACACCCACGGAUGCCGGCGGCGGAGUGGUGGCGGUGCAAAGUAUCCUGAGAUUCAGGGGUAAGGCCAGACCCAAUGGAAACCAACUACUUCCGAACGAUAGAGGUCUGUAUACUUGCCUUUAUGAAAACGACGUGAAUUCGGCCAAUUCUUCAAUGCAUCUGAGGAUCGAGCAUGAACCGAUAGUCAUUCAUCAGUACAACAAAGUGGCCUACGAUCUUCGAGAAUCCGCUGAGGUUGUCUGCAGGGUUCAGGCCUAUCCGAAACCGGAGUUUCAAUGGCAAUACGGCAACAAUCCCUCGCCUUUAACCAUGUCUUCGGAUGGUCACUAUGAAAUUAGUACAAGAAUGGAAAAUAAUGACGUAUAUACCUCCAUUUUGAGGAUAGCACACUUGCAGCACUCUGAUUACGGAGAAUAUAUUUGCAGAGCUGUGAAUCCUUUGGACAGCAUAAGAGCACCAAUAAGACUGCAACCCAAGGGAUCGCCAGAGAAGCCCACCAAUUUAAAGAUCCUCGAAGUUGGUCACAACUAUGCCGUCUUGAACUGGACACCGGGAUUCAAUGGCGGCUUUAUGAGUACCAAAUAUCUGGUGAGCUACAGGAGAGUGGCAACACCCAGGGAACAAACCCUAUCCGAUUGUUCGGGUAAUGGCUAUAUACCCAGCUACCAGAUCAGCAGUUCGUCCAGUAAUUCCAACCACGAAUGGAUCGAAUUCAAUUGCUUUAAGGAGAACCCCUGUAAACUCGCGCCCUUAGAUCAGCAUCAGAGUUACAUGUUUAAGGUUUAUGCCCUGAAUUCGAAGGGCACCUCUGGUUAUUCGAAUGAGAUAUUGGCCACCACCAAAGUCAGUAAAAUUCCACCGCCUUUGCAUGUUAGCUACGAUCCCAAUUCACAUGUUCUGGGCAUCAACGUGGCCGCCACAUGCCUGUCCCUCAUUGCGGUGGUGGAAUCACUGGUAACCAGGGAUGCCACGGUGCCCAUGUGGGAGAUUGUGGAAACCCUGACAUUGCUACCGUCCGGCAGCGAAACGACCUUCAAGGAGGCCAUCAUCAAUCAUGUGUCGCGUCCAGCCCACUACACCACCGCCACCACAUCCGGAAGGAGCCUUGGAGUGGGUGGCGGUUCCCACCUGGGCGAGGAUCGCACCAUGGCCUUGGCCGAGACCGCGGGACCCGGGCCAGUGGUGCGGGUCAAACUCUGUCUGAGAUCUAACCACGAGCACUGCGGCGCAUAUGCCAAUGCAGAAAUUGGCAAGUCCUACAUGCCGCACAAAUCCUCCAUGACGACAUCUGCAUUAGUGGCCAUCAUCAUCGCCUCGCUUUCUUUCGUCGUCUUCCUUGGUCUUCUCUACGCUUUUUGUCACUGCCGUAGGAAACACGCCGCCAAAAAGGAGAGUAGCUCAGUAGGAGGAGGAGUUGGAGGAGGCAACGCUAACUCCACGACUAAUCCAGGAUCUACCGGAGCCAAAGAGUACGACUUCGACUUGGACGCCAGCCGAAGACCGUCGCUAAGUCAGGAUCCACAGCAAUCGCAGCAGCAGCCACCGCCACCACCUCCCUACUACCCCACUGGAACUCUGGACUCCAAGGACAUCGGCACGGGCAACGGCGGUAAGGAGCUCACCCUCACCGCCCUACACGAUCCUGAUGAGCAGCUGAAUAUGCAACAGCAGCAGCACCACAGCAACCACGGCCAGUACCAACAGCCCAAAGCCAUACUGGGUAUCUACGGCGGAGUGGCUGGCUCUGGGGGCAACAAUUCCGGUGGACAGCAUCCACAUUCGAACGGCUACGGCUAUCAUGUGACAAGUGCCAUCGGCGUGGACAGCGACAGCUAUCAAGUGCUGCCCUCCGUUGCCAACUCAGCAGCCGGAUCCCACGGACAUGGCAUUGGACACGGACACGGACUAGGAGCCGAAGAGUCAGGACCACUUGAGGCGACACCACCAACAUGCAACAUCAGCGGCGGCGGCAGCAGCAGCAGCGGCAUUAACCCAAUGCAGCAGCAACAUUCAGCACGCGCCAAUCUAACGAACCAACCCACCAUCGCCACUGCCAGCUCCACCAACAACUACAACACCAACACCCCCCACACCACCAACAACACCAACAACUGCACCACCCUGAAACGCGGCCACUUGGGAAAUAGGGGGAGAGAGCGGGAAAGAUGCCAGGUAACCGCAGCCACGGCGGCAACAACAACGGCACUGGCAACCACCAUAACAACAACAUCUCGCAAUGCCAAGGCAGCAACAACAACAACAACACUAGCCAUUACAGGGUCAAGCAGCAAUUCGAACGAGAAUAACUACAGUAACGCCAGGGAUCUGUCGCAGGAGGCAUUGUGGCGCCUCCAAAUGGCCACCGCCCAGUCGCAGCAGAUUUACGUGGAUCGACCACCGUCGGCAUUCAGUGGCCUGGUCGACUACAGUGGCUAUUCGCCGCACAUCCCCACGGUGACCAGUUCGCUCAGCCAGCAGAGUUUUAGUCCCACGCAACAACUAGCGCCCCACGAAAUGCUGCAGGCCGCCCAGCGUUACGGAACUUUGAGGAAAUCCGGAAAACAACCGCCUCUCCCCCCGCAGCGAAAGGAUAUGCAGCAGCAGGCGAAGCCACCUCAGCAAAUGGCGGAUAUAAUACAGGAUUUGGCAAAUUAAACUAAUUGCCAGUUGAGAGACAACAAGAACAAGAGAAAACAAAAAACAAAAAAAGGCAACCAAAUACAUUUCGACAUAAGCAUUUGAGUAAGUAAACAUAACAAAAAAUAUAUAGAUAAAAACACAAGCAAAUAAUCAUAAAAUAAAAUAAAAUUUUUAGCUGUUCAAGUGGCGUGAAAAUUGCUUGCAAUGCAAAAAUAACAUGCAAAAUAAAAAAUCCUUGCCUAUUUCGACCAAAAAAUCAAGAAAGAGUUCUGUAAAUGUGAAUAACCGACAGAAAUACGAAAAAGAAUAGUAACUACAACUCCAAGUAGGUUAAGAACUAAAAAAGUAUUUCACAAACCUAAUAAUUCCCGAAGGAAAUUUAUGUUGUUUAGCAAGAGAACAAAUUCUCGUAAAAAUCUAUUUCUUUCUUUCUUAAUAUCAAGUGAGCAUAAUUAUGAUUAUUAUCAAAUAUGAGUAUUGACUUUUACAAAUUUAGAGACUUUAAACAUUUUAUGUUAAUAACUCAUCUAUUAACAUUUGUAAUAGAAAGUGUUCAGUCGAAAAUCGAAUGCAAUUUUCUGAUUAAACCCAGCUUAUUUUGCUCACCGCUUAUUCUAUUUAUUUUAAAAUAAUAAUGCCAUACAUACUUUUUCAAAACUGUGGCCAAAAUAUUGAGGUUCGUGGCGACAAACUGCAAAACUACCGCCAUAAUAUUCUGGUCAAAUCAUUGUUAAACCGACAGCCAAACACAAAAGCCACCUUUGAGGUUUCUAUGCCUUUUUUUUUAAAUAUGGAAAUUGUUCUCGUUUAAAUCAAAUAAAAGAGACAAAAUGUCCAUUUAAUUGCUUUUCCGCCCAGUCAGCCCAAAAUGCAAAAUAAACAUGACCAAUAAAAAUCAAACUUCGACACAAUGCGAAAAAGGGGAAAGGUUGGCAAAAGUUUUCGACUCCUCAUUAGCUUUUGUCUCCAUUGGGGCAUUAAAUUGGAACGAAUAUUUGUUUGCUCGGUUCGACUAAUUGCGCUGCUAAUUUCAAUUGUUCGCAUUGUUGGCAAGCAAUAAUAAUGCAAAAAUUGUAAUUACAAAUUAACAAUUGGUCGUCUGGGUCCCUCGGUGACCUAAAAUUAGAUUGUGUAAAUUUGCAAAUUAAUUUGCCAUUGCACAAAGAGCUCCGUGCAAUUCAGCUCGGCAAAAUCAGAGCACACAAUAUCAAUUUAUUUACUGUGCAAUCUGUAAAUAGUAGACAUGGAGUCAUUAAAUUGCAACUGCAAAAAACUUUAAAAUUUAAUACUGCCAGUCAAAAGUCCAAGUGAGUUGCAUUUACAUAUAAAUAGGCUAAAAAAUAUCUACACAGCGUCAUACAAGACCGCAAAAAUAUGGAAAUUCAAAUAAAAACAGUAUCUUUUAGAGAAAAAGAGAAAAUCUUUAAAAUAAAAUCAUAAUAGCCGGCAAAUGGAAUAAUCAACAGACAUCAAAACGAAUACGAAUUAAAUUUUUAACUGCGGGAAGCUUAAAACUGAUUUUGUAAACUACAACUGGCUGAAAAGUUUAUUACAGAUACUUUUGUUUACUUUUCACCUUCAUUUGUGGAAGGUGAUUACCGAAAAAUCAUCAGCCAACUAUAGCAAAACUUUCUCCCAACUUGCGGGGGAAACUAAAAUAAUACAGAUAUUGAUUCGUUUUCCUUUCUUUUUUCGCUCUAAAAUUAUAAAAUCGAAAUGGGUUGUAAAACCAAUCAGUUGUACAGAUUCUUUGCUUGCUUUCAAUUGUUAGUAAAACCCUUGAGCACUCAGUGAUAUAGUAAAAAAACACAAAAUAUUCAAUUGCACAGCAAAAUAUAAAAGAUGGGGGAAAUAUCUUUAAUCCAAUACUUGUUUAGCUCCGUUAUGAAAUAUUUCAGUAAUAAAUCCACAUAAUUGAUACAUUUAACAAACAAAAUAAAAACGUAAUAUGUGAACAUUGAAAAUGAAAAAUGUAUCAGUAUUUUGUGUGAAGAUUUGCAAGCGGAUGCACGGAAUUUAGUAAAAUAAAAUAAUUUAGUUUUUGAAUGAAAGUUACAUAAAUUUCUCUUAGCAAUAAAAACUACUUAAUGGAUAUUUAAGACUUAAGGACAUUGUAAAUAGAUAAACAGAGUAAACCAAAGAGUUUAGAUAUUUAAUUUGAAAUAAAUGUGUUUAAAGCAUAAUCUGAAAUAUUUAUUAGAAUAGUGAAUAAUAUCUGGAUUUUUAUGUAUGGAUUUGUGUGGCGUUGAGUUAGAUACAUCUAUAAAUGGUAUUGCUUAUUUAAUUUAUGAUCUUACAUUUAACUAUGUAUAAUAAAAAUUAGUUUUUAAAAUAGUUAAGAAUUUUACUUUAGUCCCCAAACAAACUCAGACCACCCACGCAUUUUUCAAAUAUCCACCUAGAUAUAAACAAAGAUGUACUUGUAAUCCAAAACCAAAUAUGAUCAAAAUAGCCAAUAACUGUAGUCUAAGUCAGCGACUAUGUUAAACUGUCCAUUUUUUUAAAGUUCGUUCUAUAAUUUCCCCUCAAACUAAAUGUAAACUAUUAAAUCUGCUCUCAAAAGAAAAAAACCGAGAGAACAGAAAUGUUCACGCCAGGCGAUUGAAACAUUUUACUGACCUUUUUAGUGCGAAACCAAAAGUUUAAACAAAUUUUAAUUGUAAACCUAGACAGUAAUGAUAUACGAUAUUAUACAAUGUAAAUCAGAAUAUACGAUAAUUAUAAAGUAAAUAAAAUGAAAUUUAAAACAA